AUGUCCCAAGGGUACGCAAUCGAACUCUACUUCGAUCCUGCCCUCGAGAACCAAGUCUUGAAAUCAUGGAACAUUUUGGCUAGACGCCAAAUCAGCACUCAGCUGAUCGAAAUCGAAUCUAGGCCUCACCUAACGCUAUUUUCGAGCCCUUUUGUCGAUAUCACUAAACUCGAGACCGUACUUAGAAAUUUCUGCUCAAAGCAAGAACCUUUACCUUUGUGCUUCUCAUCAAUUGGAAGCUUCCCGAGCGAAAACAAUGUAAUAUUCCUGGGCCCCACUCCAUCUCUGUCACUACUUCAGUUUCAUUCGCAGUUAUGUGACUCGAUGAAAAAGGAAGGCAUCGAAAUCGGGGAAGAAUUUCGUCCCGAAAAAUGGAUUCCUCAUUGUUCGGUGGCUGAGGAUGUUCAUAGGGGCCGUUUGGUUGAUGCGUUUAAUGUUCUUCGCGAUUUGAAGCUUCCGGUCAGUGGGUAUGCAAUGGAAGUCUCGUUGGUCGAGUACCCGCCGGUUCGUGAGCUCUUCUCUUUUAACCUGGGCACACCAUAUAUCGGUGAGAUCUGA